AUGGCCAAUCAGACUAUAGUGACUGAGUUCUUCCUCCAAGGCUUGACAGACACCAAAGAGCUUCAGGUGGCAGUUUUCUUACUCCUGCUGCUUGCCUACCUUGUGACUGUCUCUGGAAACCUGGCCAUCAUCAGCCUGACCUUGCUGGACUCCCGCCUACAGACACCAAUGUAUUUUUUUCUCCGAAAUCUGUCCUGCUUAGAAAUUUGGUUCCAGACCGUCAUUGUGCCCAAGAUGCUGCUCAACAUUGCCACAGGGACCAAGACCAUCAGCUUUGCUGGCUGCAUCGCCCAGGAUUUUUUCCACAUCUUCCUGGGGGCCACAGAGUUCUUCCUCCUCACAGCAAUGGCCUACGACCGAUACGUCGCCAUCUGUAAGCCCCUCCGCUACCACGUACUCAUGAGCAGCAGGGUCUGCACUCAGCUCAUCCUAACUUGCUGGCUGGCAGGGUUCUCCUUCAUCAUCGUGCCUGUCAUCCUGACUAGCCAGCUUCCGUUCUGUGACACUCACAUCAACCACUUUUUCUGUGACUACACACCCCUCAUGGAGGUGGUCUGCAGUGGGCCGAAAGUGCUGGAGAUGGUGGAUUUCACCCUGGCUUUAGUGGCGCUACUCAGCACUCUGGUGCUGAUAACCUUGUCCUACAUUCAGAUCAUCCGGACAAUUGUCAAGAUCCCCUCCGCCCAGGAGAGAAAGAAAGCUUUCUCCACCUGCUCCUCCCAUGUCAUUGUGGUUACUGUGUGUUAUGGCAGCUGCUUCUUCAUGUAUGUCAAACCCUCUCCAGGCAAGGGGGUUGAUCUCAACAAAGGAGUGUCUCUAAUCAACACAAUCAUUGCCCCCCUCUUGAACCCCUUCAUUUACACUCUUAGGAACCAACAAGUUAAGCUAGUAGUGAAAGACCUGGUUCGAAAAAUGUCAAGUGUCAAACAUGAUGGACUAUCAGAAACUGCCAACGAUGGCACAUUCUUUGUUCCCCCUGUAGUCAUUCUAACUGCGCCCUCAGACAUCCACUUGAGGUUCAACAAUGAGCUUUGCUUCACACCACCUGAAACUAAUGAUAUAAUGAAAGAAAGAAAAAUCUUGAAACCUUCUGACUGA